CGGGCGCGGGCGCGGGGACGGCGGGGCCUCGCGCUCCCGCGCGACUCCCCGCGCACACCCGGCGCUCACACACGCGCGCACCUGCACACGGCGUCCGCGUCCAGGCCACGCCGGCGCCGGCAGCGAGCGAGGCGGGGAGCCGGGAGCAGGCAGAGCCCGCGCCCCAACCCCGCUCCUCUCUCCGCCUGGGCGCCCGCAGCGGCGCCUCCCCGGAGAUGGUCAACGACCGCUGGAAGACCAUGGGCAGCGCGUCCCAACUUGAGGACCGGCCGCGCGACAAGCCGCAGCGGCCCAGCUGCAGCUACGCUCUCUGCACCGUGCUGCUGUCCCUGGCUGUGCUGCUGGCUGUGGCGGUCACCAGCGUCGUCCUCUUCCUGAACCAUAUCCACGUGCCGGGCACGGCGCCCCCACCUGUUGUGAGCACAGGGCCGGCAGGGGUCAACGGCGCCCUGGUCACCGUGGAGAGGGCCGACAGCUCCCGCCUCAGCAUCCUCAUCGACCCGCGCUGCCCCGACCUCGCUGAUGGCUUUGCGCGCCUGGAGGGGGCCCAGGCCUCUGUGCUGCGGGCACUGGCAGAGCACCGGGCCCAGCCGCCCCCCGACGGCACCCAGGAGCGGGAGCUGCUGGACACCAUAGCCGACCAGCUGGCCCGGCUGCUGGCCCGGGCUUCGGAGCUCCAGGCCGAGUGUGCUGGGCUGCGCAAGGGCCACGGCACGCUGGGCCAGGGCCUCAGCACCCUGCAGAGCGAGCAGGGCCGCCUCAUUCAGCUUCUCUCCGAGAGCCAGGGCCAUAUGGCGCACCUGGUGACCUCCGUUGGCGACAUCCUGGACGUCCUGCAGAGGGACCGGGGGCUGGGCCGGCCCCGCCUCAAGGCUGAUAUCCAGCGGGCACCUUCCAGGGGCAUCCGGCCGCGGGGCUGUGCCAACGGCUCUCGGCCCCGUGACUGUCUGGACGUCCUCCUGAGCGGACAGCAGGACGACGGCGUCUACUCGGUCUUCCCCACGCACUACCCCGCCGGCUUCCAGGUCUACUGUGACAUGCGCACUGACGGCGGCGGCUGGACGGUGUUCCAGCGCCGUGAGGACGGCUCCGUGAACUUCUUCCGGGGCUGGGACGCAUAUCGGGAGGGCUUCGGCAAGCUCACAGGGGAGCACUGGCUAGGGCUCAAGAGGAUCCACGCGCUGACCACGCAGGCCGCCUAUGAGCUGCACGUGGACCUGGAGGACUUCGACAACGGCACGGCCUUUGCCCGCUACGGGAGCUUCGGCGUGGGCUUGUUCUCGGUGGACCCCGAGGAGGACGGGUACCCGCUCACUGUGGCCGAGUACUCGGGCACCGCAGGCGACUCCCUCCUGAAGCACAGCGGCAUGCGGUUCACCACCAAGGACCGCGACGGCGACCACUCGGACAACAACUGCGCCGCCUUCUACCGCGGCGCCUGGUGGUACCGCAACUGCCACACGUCCAACCUGAACGGCCAGUACCUGCGCGGCGCGCACGCCUCCUACGCCGACGGCGUCGAGUGGUCCUCUUGGACCGGCUGGCAGUACUCGCUCAAGUUCUCCGAGAUGAAGAUCCGGCCGGUCCGGGAGGACCGCUAGGCGGCACUGCUGCCCCGCCCCGCCCGAGGACACCGCCCGCCCGAGGACACCGCCCGCCCGCGCAUGGCCACCCCGCCCCGCCGCGGCCCCGCUGACAGCUGCUUGCGCCCCGCUCUCCGCGCUGCUGAUCUGGGCACCCCUGGGCAGCGCCACUGGCACAACCGCUUCGCCUGCCCAAACGCCUGGCCUCUCCCGGGGCUCUCGUGGAAGCUCAGCGCGGGCUGGCGUGGCUCUGAGGCCACCCCACCUCCGGGACCCCGACUCUUCGCCGAAGACCUCGCCCCACUCGGGGACCAGGUUGUGCCCGCGCUGUCCCCCGUCUGCUGUACCCAGGCACCACCGGGGUCCACCCCGGGUCCUGCCAGCCCAGCCCCUCCUGCCGGCCCUGCUUCUCCCGCCAGGGGGCUGCGCGAAGCCUGCACGGUGGUCUGGGCAGACAACCUCUCGGUUUCCUGGGCUGGGGCUGGGGCUGAGCGCUCUCCCCCCACACCUUUCCCUUCGCUCUUCCCACAUCGACCUUCGUGCCUCAGGCUCCCGAGGCCUUCUGGGAGCACAGCCUGGUGAGGGGAGCAGUAAGAACCCCCCCACUCCCACAUCCGUCAAGGUCUGCUUGUCUGCAGGGUGCUGCCCCCUGCCGGCGACCGUAGGCAAUGCUCCUUGGGCCUAGCCUUGCUGACCACAGAGAGGGAGAGACUGAGGCCAGGAACAGCCUGCUCGGAGCUGGACAUCCAUGUGUUUGCCACAGAGACCUUUGAGAAGGCCUGGCUGCCAGCCCGGAGCCCGUCCAGGUGGUGGCUGCACCCGGGAACCCCCCGUGGGCAGGAUGAGCAGGGGGCAGGAAAGUGGGGCGUGGGUUCUUUUUUCCUGAAAGGCCUAGAUGGCCCUCGGUGAGUGGCUCCAGACUGGUAGCCUCCCACAUGGCACCCAGCUUGGGGCCGAGGUGCCACAAGCAGGUGACUCCAGCCCAGAGUGACCGGGGUGGUGUGGAAGAGCUGCCCAGGGUGGGGAGGAGGCCAGGGAAAGGUACCAGCCGUGCAGGGAAGCGAACCCAGGCAGCCGGCUCGCCAGGACACUGGCACACUGCCGAGGCCUGGUGGAAGCCGACUCCCGCGGGCUGGGGUCGCAUCUGUGCCAGCGCCGUUCAGGGUACCCAGCGCCUUCUGCUGUGCCAUGAAGUGAACACCCAUCGGUGCAGGGUUGACAGAGUUGCUGAUGCCUGCAUCUGGUGGGAGACUGGGCCCUUGUGCCAGGCAGACAUCUGGAGCUCAGCACAGUUGGGGGACAGGGCAGAGGACAGGGGUCAGGUGAGGGUGGCCUUAGCAGCCUGAGGGCCAGGUUAGCUGCAUGUGUCAGCCAGUCCAUGCCCAAAAGCCCAAGGCCAGGGUUGGCACCACUAGGGGAUGUGGCCCUGCCAGGCACUGGCUGAGUGGGCACAAAGCCAGGUGUCCACAGAGGUUACCAGACUCCAGCCCCAGUUCGAUGCAAGGUGGCGGGGUCCCUGUGGCCUGCCGUGUCCCCAUGGAGCUUCCACUCUUUCCCUUGGGUGAGGGAAGGGAGCUGCGUGAGGAGGGGUCUCCGUUUUCCUUGACCCUGGUUCCGGCAGGGACCACCCCACCCAGCAGGAGCAGGCUCUGUGACAGCUGGGGACCUCAUUUCUGGCCCCUGAAUACCAGUCACAUUUCUGGGACUUCUGCCAAGGCCAUCCCAAUGGUUUCCCGAGCCCUCAGCCUUCUGACUGAACCUACGUAUCCUCCCUGGCGGCCUUGGCACCAUCGGCAAGAAGCAAAGACCCUGCUGAGAGCCCAUCUCUGGCUGAGUCACCUCUACCUGGUUGCGUGUCAUUCGGGUUUCUAACGCCACCCUCAUGGGGGCAGUGACAUUGCUGGCGCCACCUCCUCCUGGCACCCACCCUCAUCCACAUGGGUUUGGCUGGGGCUGGAGCCCUGCUCACCCAAAA